CGAGAGCCCGGAGCAAGGCGAGGCAAGCGGCCGGCCGGCACCUCGGAGCGCCGCGAUGAGCAACAACCAGCAGCCUCCGCCGCCGCGGCGGAUCACCAAUGUGGGCUCCAUGCUGCUCACCCCUCAGGAGAACGAGAGCCUCUUCGGCUUCCUGGGCAAGAAAUGCGUGACAAUGUCUUCUGCAAUUGUUCAGAUUUAUGCAGCAGAUCGCAAUGCUAUGUGGUCGAAGAAGUGCUGCGGCGUAGCUUGCCUUGUAAAAGACAAUCCACAAAGGUCUUAUUUUAUCAGAAUAUAUGAUAUUAAGGAUGGAAAACAGUUGUGGGAACAAGAAUUGUAUAAUAAUUUUGUAUAUAAUAGUCCUAGACCAUAUUUUCAUACCUUUGCUGGAGACGCAUGUCAGGUGGGUCUUAAUUUUGCUAAUGAAGAAGAAGCUAAAAAAUUCCAGAAGACAGUGACGGACUUAAUUGGACGACGGCAACGAAAAUCUGAGAAAAGGAGAGAUCUACCAAAUGGUCCAAGUCUACCAAUGGCAACUGUUGACAUCAAAAAUCCAGAAAUCACCACUAACAGAUUUUAUGGCUCACAAGUCAACAACAUUUCAUAUACCAAAGAGAAGAAAAAAGCAAAAGCAAAAAAGAAGAGGUUAACAAAGGCUGAUAUUGGAACUCCAAGCAACUUCCAGCACAUUGGACAUGUUGGCUGGGACCCGAACACAGGUUUUGAUGUUAACAAUUUGGAUCCAGAGCUGAAAAACCUGUUUGACAUGUGUGGAAUUUCAGAGGCUCAGCUGAAAGACAAAGAAACAUCCAAGGUUAUAUAUGAUUUUAUUGAAAAAACAGGAGGUGUGGAAGCUGUUAAAAACGAGUUGCGUAGGCAAGGUCCACCACUCUGGAGUGCUCCUCCACCACCUCCACCAUCCAGGGGCGGCCCUCCCCCUCCCCCUCCUCCCCCACCACCACAUAGCUCGGGGCCACCACCCCCUCCUAUUAGGGGAAGGGGAGCCCCUCCGCCACCCCCUUCAAGAGCUCCGACCGCAGCGCCACCCCCUCCGCCUCCUUCCAGACCUGGCAGUGCAGUGCCGCCCCCGCCCCCCAACAGGAUGUAUCCUCCUCCUCCUCCAGUUCAUUCUUCCUCUGCCCCCUCCGGCCCCCCUCCACCCCCUCCACCACCUUCGGGUGGUUCUUGUGUGCCUCCUCCCCCUCCCCCACCCCCUCCCCCUCCUGGUCCUCCUCCACCGCCCGGUGUCCCAGUAGAGGUUGACCAUCAGCUUCCAGUUCCUGCAGGAAAUAAAGCAGCUCUCUUGGAUCAAAUCCGAGAAGGGGCCCAAUUGAAAAAAGUAGAACAAAGCAGUCGUCCGGUCUCCAGCUCGGGAAGAGAUGCGCUACUCGAUCAGAUACGGCAGGGUAUACAGCUGAAGUCUGUAUCUGAUGGGCAAGAGAGUGCACCGACUACGCCUGCUCCCACCUCGGGUAUCGUGGGAGCGCUAAUGGAAGUUAUGCAGAAAAGGAGCAAAGCCAUUCAUUCUUCAGAUGAAGAUGAGGAUGAAGAAGAUGAAGAAGAUUUCGAGGAUGAUGAUGAAUGGGAUGACUGAUCAGUAUAUUAUAUAUCAUAUAUAUUUUUAAGGUGAAAUACUAAACUACUUUCUGUCUAUGGAUUCUGUAAAAUUAUCAUGUAAAUGUUCUACCAAUUUGCUGUAUAUUUUUGUUGCCUUUUGCUUUUUUAUUAAUCUGUGCAAUACCUCAUUUAAUCUGUAAAGGUUUGUCAUAAUCCUAUACAAAGUUACUCCCGAAAUUAAUGUGUACAAGUUUACACCAGGUUGCUCAGUGUACAUGUGAACACUUUCCAUUCCAUCAAUAAGGGAGUUUUAAUGUAAUAUGCGAGGUUGGCAAACACACCUUAAAUGUAUUUAGUUAUAAUGCAAGAAGGAAAACACUAUUUUCAUACCCUACUUUUUCUGUAUCUAAAUUUUCUUAUUAAAACCUAGUAUAGCACUACAUUCUUUAAGAAAUGCAGCUCCUAGUUUUAGCCCCUUUAUCUUGGAAACUCUGCCACGUGGGUGAGGCUGAUAAAACAAUGAACCGUUGCAGUUCAUACCGCUGCGAUUAAAUUUAGCAUUUAAGCUGACAUAAAACAAUCGUAAAAUAAUAAUAUAACAAUAAAGCAGUUGUGAAAAUUUCCCCUGAUUCUGGAGCACUGUGUUUCCUGCUAUCGGGCAGCUUUGACACCUUGAAUGCUCAAUUUGGGAACAUCCCCAUUGGUUUCAGAGUGUGGCAUCUCGGAUGUAAGUCACCUCUGAUUUUUACCAGCUACCUUUCACAACGAAGAGGAGGAGUCUACAUUUAUGGCAACUGCUGCGGGCCUUUAUUUAUUUUUAUAUGCUGUUUUUUACUGAAGGGCUGUGGUUAUAAAGUUUGCUCUGAAUAAUAGCGGAUUUAAAUUAAUUUAAAUUAAUUUUAAAAUGUGUAGGGCAUGAGAAUACUAAUAAAUGAAUUUAGGUGGUGUCACUCUGCGGUCUUUGUGGAUUACGGUAUAAACCCAACACAAUUUAGGCACCAGAUCUGUUAUCUAGAAAUUGAAAGCAUUUAUACAGGGAUGGAUGGAUGCCUUAAAUAUAUUCUUCUCCUGACUGUGACGGGCUUUCCUAAAGCGAUGGGGAAAGUUUCUGGGGGAGAGAAGGGAUAUGAGCAUGAAU